UGUCUUCGUCGCGUUUCGAUCGUCUUACUCGAAACGUCGACAGCUCCACGGCUCGGUCCCCGUUACCGCAGCUGCUGAACGCCUCUCUUCACCCCACUCUACAACAUCGAGGCACGCACGACAAAGCUCCCACCAUGGCAGAAGCUGAGCCGGGCCUCGUCGCCCAGCUUCUUGGGCGCGCCGCUUACGAGUUCUCGACGCUGCGUUCCUCCAGCAUGCUGCCCACGUACCUGCACCUGAUCGUCUCAGCCCUCUUUCCCAUCUACGCAGGCGCGCAUGCCUCGCUCUCGCGGCCGUCGUCUGCGGCUAAGCCCACAAAGAAGAAGCGCACGACUGAUGGCUUGACUGCACACGACGACGAUGACGACGACGAUGAGCCGGAACAACACGUCAUGGAGGGGCUGUCGCCAAAAGACGCGCUGCUCAUGCCUCUGUUCGCAGGCACGGCCCUUGCGUCGCUGUAUUUUCUGCUCAAGUGGAUGAAAGACCCUGCGCUGCUGAACAAGAUACUCAACGCUUACUUCGCCAUCUUCGGCGUCUUCUCCGUGUCGCGGCUAAUCACAGACGCUCUCGACGCCGGCCACUCGAUCAUCUUCCCACAACGCUACGCCUUGAAUGGCGCCCUGUACCACAUCGAUGACAAGGAAGAAAAGGCGUUGCCAGUAGCAGGCGACACCAAAGACAAGCAGCCUAUACUCUCGCCUUUCCCGGGCUUCUUGGCCAGGAUACCUCUGUCCGCUGGCGCGAGACAGUUUCUGUGGAAUGACCGCGCAAUGCCUGGCAACAAGUGGACGCUCAGAGUCUAUCUCCAUCGCAUGGGCGCUGACAAGUUCAAAGUUGGGCCCCAUGGCAUCGUUGGCGUUCUCAUCGGCCUGAGUACCGUGCUCUACUUCAAUUUGGUGGACAAGCCGUGGUACCUGACGAACCUGCUGGGCUUUGGCUUUUCGUACGGCGCUCUGCAACUCAUGUCGCCGACGACGUUUACCACAGGUAGCAUGAUACUUAGUGCGCUCUUCUUCUACGACAUUUACUUCGUCUUCUACACGCCUAUGAUGGUCACAGUAGCAAAGUCUCUCGAUGUCCCUAUCAAGCUCAUGUUUCCUCGCCCUGGGCCAGCCGAUAGCCCUUCAGCGCCUCCUUCGCACGCGAUGCUUGGCCUAGGCGACGUCGUUCUCCCCGGUAUCAUGAUCGGCCUCGCAUUACGGUUCGACCUCUACCUCUUCUACCUGCGCCGGCAGAAACGCGUACCCGCUAUGACAACUAGCGAAGUGGACACUGUCGAGAAACCACAAUACUUUUCCCUUGCAGGGCGUUGGACUGAUUAUUUCUGGACACACUCGCUCACUGGUCGGCCGUUGUGGAUAGCUCCAAAAGAGCAGGCAAAGCUUGAAACUCCCUUCACUUUUCCAAAAACAUACUUCAAAGCCAGUCUUGUAGGCUAUGUGGCGGGUCUUUUGGCCACGCUGGGUGUCAUGAUGGUGUGGAACCACGCACAACCUGCACUGUUGUAUCUCGUUCCAGGCGUUCUUGGUAGCUUGUGGCUCACUGCUCUAGCUCGUGGCGAGUUGAGCUUGAUGUGGAGCUACACCGAAGAGGUUGAGGAGGAAGACGAGAACAAGAACAAAGCAGACGGUAACAAAGACGGCAGUGCAGACAAGGCUAGCUCAAACAACACAUCCAGUCAACUCAACGCAGCACGCAGCGAACCGGAGGACGAUCGGACACGACAGACCCAACAAGUGGGAGCUCGUAGGUCUGAUCGAGAAGUGUUCUCGUUUUCGAUUACAGCGCCCUGGCAACUGAAGCAAACACCUUCCUCGCCAAUCAUGUCUAAAGAUGGGCAGAAGCCUGACGAGUCGCACCGAUUAAGUGGGGAGAAGCACAACUGGGCGCCGACCAAGGUUGUUGGACAAGUUCCAGAUGCGGAGCCGACGGGCAAACGUGUCAGGUUGAACUAGAAAAGCAUGUGAUGAUAGACACCUGGUAAUGACCAUAGAUUUCAAGAUUGCAUCUGGGAUGAUCGGGCAUAGCGACGGAGUUGAGAAGCGAGAAUUUAAAUUCAAAGCGUAAUGCACCAAACGGCGUUUUUGUGGUUGGAUGUCCUUGGACGUUAUAUGUUACAUGGAGAGUAUGUAUAAGGUAUUCCAUUUUGGACGGCCGUAACAAUACAGCGUUCAAAGCGCUCUAUUCUUCUCCAGUCAUAAAGCUAUUGAAUCCACUUGACACUUCUG